AUGAUGCAGCUGCAGGAUGCAGACUACCUCUACGUUGAGGGUGGGCCUCUGGACGGUCGCUACUACCUGCACCACCUGGAGUUCUACUGGGGCUCAGACGACUCCAAGGGCAGCGAACACACUAUCAAUCAAGAGAGGUACCCGAUGGAAAGCCAAUGGGUAAUGUACAGCGAGAAAUACCCAAGCUACGAGGAAGCUUCUCAACACCCGGGCGGAGUGCUCAAAAUGUCUCAGAUGUACUCUAUAACAGAAGACGAAAACUGGUCGCUGAGUCCCAUCGUGGAACAGCUGCCCAACGUUCGUAGGCCUGAACGAGUCGCUGUAUCGAGCAGCCCACUGGAAUACGCCUUACUGUUGGGCGUGCCCGUGGACGACUACUACUACUAUAAUGGCAGCUUCACCAGGCCGCCCUGCUCAGAGACAGUCAUAUGGCUCGUCUAUCCCAAUGCGAAUACCAUCACCGAAGAACAGGUAACGCUACAUCUACAUUUGCAUCUACAUGGCUAG